CUUUGUUUUGCAUCAUUCGCUACAGAUCAUCUUGCACCGGUGUGUGCUCAAUAGAAGAGGCCACAAAACAGAGACCCGCGCAUCAAAGACAAAAACUCUGCCAAGAGAUUCUGAGAAACCAGUACAACAAAAGUUCUUUGUGAACAACUCUGACGACGUAAGACUCGGCAAGUCCAAGCCACAAGCAUGGCAGCGCCACGUCAGAACGCGUACCAGAGCCACCGAAGAGCUUUCGCUCGCUCGGGUGUGUUGCUUGUUGUUGGCACGCUCGCGUUGCUACUUUUGGCGCUGUCGUGCCGGAUCGAUGCUGCUGCUGCCUCGCCUCCGUCGUAUGCCUCCAUCCCCUUCUCGCCGUCAUUGCCACGGUGUUUGAGUCCUGACGACUUCCCAUCCUUGGAGCACGUCACCGCACGCCAGCAAACCAUCAUCCUCGACGAGCCGCAAUCUGACGCACACCGGCUCGUCACUACCAUGGCGGCCAUUCUUCUCCGGGAUGCGCUUGGCUACGAUGUGCGCAUUCUACGGCACCUCUCCGAGAGCUCGGCCCUGGCAAGGCUUGCGUCUGGCACGACGCACGCCAACCUGGCCAUUUCAGCGUCGAACACGGCACUCAACUACACCAACUUUGUGAGCGUGCUUCGCACCGUGGACGAUGUCGGCAGCAUUGGGUUUGUUGGUCGAAGCGGCUGGUUUGUUUCCACAUCGGCCAUUGCGGCCAAUCCCGCCUUGCAUCUCGACUAUUGGAGGUUUCUUCAGACCGAAACUGGUCUUGGUUUGCUUCCGGCAUUCAAUUCCACGACAGCGUCCGUAGACUCGUCCACAGACCUGUUUCUGUGCGACACGUCGUCCUAUUCUUACUGCACCGACGGACGCUACACGUCAGCCUUGUGCUCUCAAGACACCAGCUUCUGCCGUGACUUUUACCACGGACCUCCGAACUGGGACUCUGGUGUGGCUGCACAACUGGUAGCCAACCUGCAACUCAAUCUGUCGGUCGUCUACCUCGAUGCGGAAACGCUCACGGAUCUCGUUGAUCAGCACGUCACUGCUUCCACUCCAGUCCUGUUGCAGUACUGGGAGCCUUCUCGACACGUCGCUGCUGGGGAUUUGACUCGUGUGGCUCUCCCAUCUUACACGCCGGCCUGCUACAAUGGCAACACUGAAUCUCCUCCGUCGGGCACCGUUGCAUGCGACUUUCCCGCCGUGGUGCUGAGCAAGGCUCUUUGGGCGCAACUUGAAUCCAGGCAUCCCGAGGCGUACACGCUGUUGCGACUCUUCCAAGUGGACGACGCUCUGAUAAACUCUCUUCUUGCACAGCUGGCGGCAACGCCGGACGGAGCCGCCAUCUCGGCGUUCGCCGACCUGUUUGCAACAACGUAUCCUCUCCCAAGCACCAGCGCGUAUUACCGGCGGCGCCAAAGCGAGCAUAGCCGAACGCUAGAGCACAGCAUUAACUGGGAUGCCCUUGCCAGCCCUCCACUGCCGCCGUCCACGAGCGCCCACACUUCUGGGUUGAUUGCUGAUAUUGCAUGCGACUGGCUGCGUGCCAACGACCAGGUAUGGCAGGACUUUAUGCCAAUGGCCAAGACCGACACACAGGAAUCCUCAAACUUUGAUCCUCUCUUGGUUGCCUACAUUGUGGUUCCCAGCGUUUGCGUGCUUGGGUUUGUCGCGCUCUUGCUCUGGCUCGUUUGGCGCAACUCGCAUCAGCGCCAAAAGCUCAAGCGCGAAAUCCAUCGUCAAUGGCAGCUAAGCAUGGCGGAUUUGUACGACAUUGAUCCGCACGACGCAGUCUCGUCUCUAGCCACUUUCAAGCAGCAGCGUGUCAUUCUAACACACGUGGACUUGCUGCUUUCCUCCAACCACAAUGCUACUGCGAAUGGCUCGGUCACUGGCCUUGCAGGCUCGUCCAAUAGCAGCAUGACGCCGCUCUCGCCACUCGGAAACAACUCGUCGCCUGCUUCGCCUACACCACGGCGAACCAGUCUGGCCGUUUCGCGCCUGACUGCCGUGUCCGCCACCUCCACGACUGCCGUACCAUCCAAGGGAUACUCCAAAGAGGCAAUCGACGAGUUUAUUCAGCUCAGAGAGCUACGGCACCCAAACAUUGUGGAGUUUUUCGGAGCAACGCUCCCACCAACAGCCUUCAUUGUGAUGGAGUACAUUGCCAAGGGGUCUUUGCAAAACUUGCUGGAAGCCUCGUCCAUUCCACUCGACAUGGAUUUCAAAGCAUCCAUGGCGCUCGACAUUUCGAAAGGCAUGGACUUUUUGCACUCCCACAAGGUCGCACACCGGAAUUUGUGCAGUGCCAAUGUCCUCGUCGACAAUCGGUUUGUGUGCAAGAUUACAGGAUUUGGACUGUCAAGUUUGCUGCCUGACGACCUGCUGAACGAAGACGAGGAUCAGCUCACAUGGGUGUCGCCCGAAGUGCUCACUUGGGUGCAUCAGGCGCGGAUGAUUUGGAAAAAGUUUGGUCAGACUUCCACGCUUCCGUCCGAGAUUGACUGGUUUAAAGCCGACGUGCACAGCUUUGGCACGGUAAUGUUUGAAAUGCUCGUCGGCGGAGAAGGCCCAGAACAGCGUGAGGCUCGGAUGACAAAGCAGCGCGAAAAGCUCGGGUUGGGUCCCGCGACGACCGCGACGACCGCCGGCCCAACCGCGUCCUUAGCCGGCGUGCCUGCCACGCGCGAGUCUUUGGGAGCCGGUGCCAGUGAGACCUUUGAGCUCACCCCGCUCAGCACGUCGUCCGCCCGUGCGCUCGAUAUGACUGCCAGUUGCAAUUCCCUUGAUGGUCCGUUCCUCGACAUGGAUGCCCUGGACCAGCGCGAGAAUGACUUUUUGAUGCUGCUUCGAAGUUGUCAAGACACCAAUCCUCAGACUCGGCCCACCUUCUCAUUCACCACAAGAAUGCUGUUAACUCUCAUGCCCAAACGCCCAAUUAUGGAGAACAUGGCAUCCAUGCUUGAAACUUACUCGUCACACCUCGAGGAACAAGUCAGCAAGCGAACCGACGAGCUGUCACAAGAAAAGCAGCGUGCAGAGGCGCUGCUCCACAACAUUCUGCCAAAGUCGAUCGCACAACGACUGCAGCACUCGGUCGAGCUCAUUGCUGAAGAGCACAAAUCGGCAACCGUCUUUUUCUCGGACGUGGUGGGCUUCACCUCAAUGUCACACAACAUGCCACCGACCGCCGUUGUGACCAUGUUGAAUCAGCUCUUCACCGAGAUGGAUCGCCUUGCUCUGGCCUUCCGCCUGGAAAAGAUCAAGACGAUCGGCGACGCGUACAUGGCAGCGUGCGGCGUUCCUACGGCCGUCGAAGACCACGUCGAACGGGUUGCCCAUUUUGCCUUGCGUGCAAUGGCCUUGAAGCUCACGGGCGUGGACGGGCAGCCUUUGCAGAUGCGCAUGGGCAUUCACACUGGACCCGUCACGGCCGGCGUGGUUGGCACGCGCAAGUUUGCCUACGACCUUUGGGGCGACACUGUCAACACAGCGAGUCGCAUGGAAAGCAACGGCGUGCCUGGCCGCGUCUGCGUGAGCGAUGCUGCUUACCAAGUGCUCAAGAACACUUUUACCUUUGAGCAACGCCCCGCCAUGUUUAUCAAGGGCUUGGGCGAGACUGUCACGUACUUGUUGGUUGCGCCGCGCCCUGGCGUGGUCGUUUCCGGUCCUGCUGGUGAAUUGACGCUCAAGCCCAAUCGCCGGAGCAUGCAAUUUCCGACGGACGGGCAGCCGUUUGGAGUCACAGAGGCAGGUCUGGAGGGGGCUGGCACAAACGUUGCUGUGGGAGAUGCCCCCGCCGCUUCCGGCUCGAAUGGCGAGCUGGGUGCCUUUGGAACACUCAAGGUCGGCGUAUCUGGCACGGAGGCAGGAGGCUCCGGCACAGCAGACACGCUCGAGGUUCAGCAGUACGUCUCGAUGCGCAAGGCGCGCGAGAUGACGGCCACGGGAACGCUCCACCACCCUCCGUCCCGUCAAAACAAGUUUGUGGACGAGUCUGGCGCCGUCCUCAGCUUUGCCGCCCUGUUUGCACCCGCCAGUCGCGAUUCGGGCAUCCGUGGCCCGGUCAAGGACCUGCGUACAAAGUUCAACAGCCCGCAGGCCACCUUGGAAAACGCCGCCAAGACGACACCGACUGCGCCGUCCUCGGCGUCGUCGUCGUCCAUGAUGGCAGGCAAGCCCGGUCCGAUUGUCAAUCUCUUCCGCAACCGGCGAACCAGCAUCACUCCACCACCCAUGUCCGAGGCGGAUUUGAAAAAGUGGCGCGAUCUCCAAGCCCGGCGGCGCCCGUCGCUCGAGCUGGCAGACAGCCCAUCAGCGCUGCUGGACAAGCAACGAGCGGAGGCUGACCGGGCCGAGCGUGCUGGCUCCAAAGUGGGCUUUAACCGUUUGGCUGAUCUUGUUUGAGUUGAUGCUGGUGCUUUGUAUCAAAGAGUAUUGGUUGAAGUCAUUCUUUGUUUAUUUAGUUUCAACACAAAAGUUCUGGC